AGCUAUUUCAACUAUUUCAAAGAAAUAAGUCGUGGACACAGCACGGCUACAGUGACACAUUACACAGAAUAGCAGGCAGUAUCUAUUUUUUUUUUUCUUUUUUUUUAAAAAAAAUGAAAGACCAAGCACAAGAUCUGCUAUUGUUGAUCAAAAGACAGCUUCUUCAGAUGCGUCCGUUGCAUCGGUUCCAGUGGUCCUUGCCUGGUGCAGCCCCAUCACUUUCUGUCACAAGUCCUGAGAUACAACAGGCUAUUCUCAACCAGAUAUUUUAUGAUAAAAACGUUAUGAAGUACCCACCAUCGCUAAUCUACCAAUACUCGUUCCUCAAGAAAUUAAUUGGUAUGAUCGAGCAAGAGGGCCAGCAUGAGGUUUCAAGUGAUUUAUUAGAAAUAUUCACAGAACUAUUGAUAACUGCCCCUAGAAGGCCUGAGAACGGCGGUCCACCACUAACACCCUGCUUCAAGUCUUACUGUUUGGAUGACGAGUGCAAAAAGAUUGUCACUGUCAUGGAGGAACAGACAACCAUUUCGUCAGGCACCACUGGAUUGCGUACUUGGGAAGCGAGUUUUUGGUUGGCGGAAUACUUAAUCGCCCAUACGGGUCUUCUUGCUGGCAAGAAUGUAGUUGACAUUGGUUGUGGUGUCGGUUUUCUCGGCAUCUCCUGUGCUAUGCUUGGGGCGAGAAAGGUUGUUUUGACAGACGGAAACACUGAAGUAUUAGCCAUGGCCAGCCAGAACAUCGGAUAUAACAAUAUGCCUUGUCCGACAACAGCAAGUCUUUUGGACUGGGAAAGUUUUACAGAACAACAGGUCGCUGCUUUAGAAGCUGAGGUUUUAAUUAUGUCUGACCUGACGUAUGAUCCAACAAAUAUAGUCCCCCUGGUAUCAUUACUCAAGGUGAUUCUCAUAAGGGGUGUUUCCGCAUACAUGUCGUCUGCUAUCAGAAACCCUCAGACGUUUGUUGACUUUUUCGAUCGGAUCACUGUCGGUAUCGAUCUCGGUACUACCUACUCUUGCGUUGCCGUCUGGCAAAACGACCGUGUCGAAAUUAUCGCCAACGAUCAGGGUAACCGCACCACUCCCUCAUAUGUAGCCUUCACCGAUAGCGAGCGUCUCAUCGGUGAUGCUGCUAAGAACCAGGUCGCCAUGAACCCCAUCAACACUGUUUUCGAUGCCAAGCGCCUUAUCGGUCGCCGUUUCGAUGACAAGGAUGUUCAGUCUGAUAUGAAGCACUGGCCCUUCAAGGUCGUCGAUAGGGGCACUAAGCCUUACAUCCAGGUUGAAUUCAAGGGCGAGACCAAGACCUUCACCCCUGAGGAGAUUUCCUCUAUGGUUUUGUCCAAGAUGCGUGAGACCGCAGAGUCUUAUCUCGGUACCGCUGUCACCAACGCUGUUGUUACUGUCCCCGCUUACUUCAAUGACUCUCAGCGUCAGGCCACCAAGGAUGCUGGUGCCAUCGCUGGUAUGAACAUCCUUCGUAUCAUUAAUGAGCCCACUGCCGCCGCCAUCGCCUACGGUUUGGAUAAGAAGACCGCCGGAGAGAAGAACGUCCUCAUUUUCGAUCUUGGUGGUGGUACUUUCGAUGUGUCACUCCUCACCAUUGAAGAUGGUAUCUUCGAGGUCAAGGCCACCGCUGGUGACACUCACUUGGGAGGAGAGGAUUUCGACAACCGCCUCGUCAACCACUUCGUUCAGGAGUUCAAGCGCAAGCACAAGAAGGAUCUUUCUUCCAACCCUCGUGCUCUUCGUCGUCUCCGCACUGCUUGCGAGCGUGCUAAGCGCUCUCUCUCUUCCUCUGCUCAGACCUCUAUUGAGAUUGACUCCCUCUUCGAAGGUAUUGACUUCUACACUUCCUUGACUCGUGCUCGUUUUGAGGAGCUCAACCAGGAUCUCUUCCGCAACACUAUGGAGCCUGUCGAGAAGGUUCUCCGUGAUUCCAAGAUCGACAAGGGUUCUGUCGACGAGAUCGUCCUUGUCGGUGGUUCCACCCGUAUCCCCAAGAUCCAGAAGAUGGUCUCUGACUUCUUCAACGGCAAGGAGCCCAACAAGUCCAUCAACCCUGAUGAGGCUGUUGCCUAUGGUGCUGCCGUCCAGGCUGCUAUCUUGACUGGCGAUACCUCUGAAAAGACCCAAGACCUUCUCUUGCUCGAUGUCGCCCCUCUCUCCCUUGGUAUUGAGACUGCAGGAGGUGUCAUGACUGCUCUUAUCAAGCGUAACACCACCGUCCCCACCAAGAAGUCCGAGACCUUCUCUACCUAUGCCGAUAAUCAGCCCGGUGUCUUGAUUCAGGUCUAUGAAGGUGAGCGUGCUCGCACCAAGGACAACAACAUGCUCGGCAAGUUCGAGCUCACUGGUAUCCCACCUGCUCCUCGUGGUGUUCCUCAAAUUGAGGUCGUCUUUGAUGUCGAUGCCAACGGUAUUUUGAACGUCUCUGCUGUCGAGAAGUCGACUGGCCGUGCCAACAAGAUUACCAUCACCAACGACAAGGGUCGCCUUUCCAAGGAGGAUAUCGAGCGCAUGGUUGCUGAGGCUGAGAAGUACAAGGCUGAGGAUGAGGCUGCCACUGCUCGCAUCCAAGCCAAGAACGGACUCGAGUCCUUUGCCUUCAACAUCAAGAACUCUUUGAGUGACGAGAAGGUCGGAGGCAAGCUUGAUGAGGCCGAUAAGAAGAAGCUCACUGAGGCCUGCGAUGAGGUCAUCUCAUGGUUGGAUUCUAACCAGGAGGCUGAGAAGGAGGAAUUCGAGGCUAAGCAGAAGCAUCUCGAGGAGGUCUCCAACCCCAUCAUGAUGAAGCUCUAUGGCGGCGCUGGUGGUGUUCCCCCUAUGGGCGGCGCCGGCGCUGCUCCUGGCGGCUUCCCCAGCGAGGGUGCCUCCGAGCCCACUAUCGAGGAGGUCGACUAAAUACCCUGCCAAGUAUUUUUUUUACAUCUUCCUUUUUUUUCAUAGACAUUUCGAGUCUCCUCUCCUCCCCUUUAAAAUAUCUUGUAUUUUGUUCUUUCCUUCGUACAUACAGUACUUUUUCUUAAUUCAUUGCAUAUCAUCCUGUACAGUUGGCAAUAAAAGAUAAAGCAAAUAGAAACAUUUUACAAGUAAUGUUUUUACAUGACAUCUUUAGUAAUCUUUAAUUGGAUAUCAUUUUCUCUGGC